AUGGCGGAAGAGGUCCCCUUGCCGAGGGAUGAGAGCUCAGAAGAACCCAAUGGAGAUGGACCUAGUGCUGUAGGUCGUGACCCACCGACACCUGGGUCAGCAGGACGUAGAUCGGCUGGUCAACGGUCAGAUUCGUCGCUUGGUCGUGAUCCAUGGGAACGACAGGACCCGUGGUCUGCUGGCCGUGAUCGAGGUCAUGACGUUCGAGCACCUGGACUAGAGUCAGAGUUCAUGCAGUUUCUUCAAUGGCGUUCGCGUCCUGGAGCUGGACUACCAGGUCUUUUUGCUGGACAUCAAGGAGGUUCUGAUGGAGCCCUACUACAAGCCGCUCGAGAUGAACACGAGCGAACUACGGCUGGUCCACCACCUGAGUGGGAUGGCAUCACCACGGAGUUCAAGGACUACAAGCUGAAAGCUCGCAUCUGGCUUCGAACUACAAGGACUCCUGCUAGGGCCCGUGGUCAGUUGCUGUUGAAGAAUUUGUCAAAAGGGCCUUGGGAAGAUUUGAAAUUUCUGGCCAGUGAUGAAGAUUGGUUAGAUGACCCCAACAACGGAAACAAGCUGUUGGAACUUAUGGACACCAAAGAAUACUAUGGGGAAGAGAAAAGGGAAUCCAUGUUAGCAGCCUGUGCCCGUUUGACUUUCCACUUGAAGCGACAGCGUGGUGAAGCAGCGCGUCAGUUCAUGACGCGGUGGGACACGGCGAGGGAACAUGAUGUCAAGUUGCCUGCAGAUUUCCUGGGUUUCCUCAUGGUGAAUGCGCUGCAGUUGGACUCCGAGAAGACGAAGUUGCUUCUCAACUUCACGAAGGGCUCCCUGAAGGUCUGGGACGUCAAAGAAUGGCUUCGGAUUCAUGAGACCGACUUGGACCUCUCGAACCUUGGCAAUGACAAGAAGAAGACCAACACCUAUCUUCUGGAUAAGGAGACCGCCAAGGAGAUUCAGUAUGUCGACGUUCCGGAGACAGAGAAUGAGUCGGAAGAUGAGCCUGCAGAGCUACUUCUAGCAACUCUUGCUGACUUGGAGGACCCCGAGAACGCCCAUGAGAAUGACCCAGUUAUCCUCACGGAGUCGGAGACCAAGGAGAUCCUCAUGACCAUGGUCAAAGACCAUCGCUCCAAGGGCAGAUCAUACUCUGGAGCCAUGAAAGCCAAGAAGAACCGUGACUUGGCAAGAGGCUUUGGAGCUGGCAGGGAUGGCAUUUUGCGUCCUGGCACUUAUGAGGUCUCGAUCUCUGAGCUGAAGAAGCGAACUCGUUGCAAUGCAUGUGGCCUUACAGGCCAUUGGGCCCGUGAGUGCCCCACCAAGUCGAAGAAGCGCGGCGAUCACUCCAAAAGCGAUCCUUUGAAGCCCAAGACCAAGGAGAUGAACUUCUUGGAGGAACAUCUUCCCCUCGCUGAGAGUGAGUUUUUCUAUUUAGAAUCAGCUGGCACUUCUGAACAGGAACAACAGCCUUCCACUUUUUCUGAUGAAGGUGCCCAGUUUCAUCACGAGCCUCAGGACUCGACACAUCGGAUGAGUAUGAACUUUUGCAAACUCAUCACGUUGGUGGACACCUUGAUGAACAUGAACAUGCCGGCAGUGUCUCCAGCUCUCAAUUCGAGAAGACUCCGGCCCGUGGAGCAAGCCCUUGCGUACCUCUCAAACAUGCAUGGCACGCGAGUGAAGCGCGGCCGAACCGAGGUGGACAGUCGUCCAACUCUUCAGGCUUGGGUGCGGCUGGUCCUGAAGAUCAUCAUGAUCAUGAACAAGGCCAUCUGCCACAAGGUCCACAUGAAACUCAAGAUGCCGGGCCCCUAUGGUUUGAUGACCCGGCAGAUCCAGGAGAUGGCAGAGCUCUUGGACGACAAGCAGCUGGAGAAGGCGAUGUCGGCCCUCACCGAAGAAUGGCACAAUCGAGAAGCCAUGAAGCGGCUGAGCAGUUCCAGGUCUCCAACGCCUUCAGGCUGGUCUCGGGUGACCGAAAGGGAUCCUCCACGGACUCCAACAAGACCCACCAGAAUGGAGACAUCUACAUAUGCCCAGAUCCCGGCGACACCGGAAAGUCAUCAAGCCAGCAUGUGGGACAUCCCGAAGGAUCUCGAUGUGAACAAGGAGACGCCCAUGUGCUCAUGCAACAAGCCUUGCAUUCUGUGGGUCUCGAAGACCGAGAAGAAUCCGGACCGACUUUUCUGGAGGUGCAGCCAGCCACGAACCCAACAAUGUGCAUUCUUUCGAUGGCUGACCUAUCAACCUCUACAUCCUCCAGUUCCGGAUACCACCGAGGAGUACAUGCGCAAAAGAUUGCAAGAGAUGUGCCCUCACAAGAAUGUGACCCGCGAUGGAACCAACGGGUACGUCCUCAAGGAGACCUGCAAGGAUUGCGGCAAGAUACUUCGCCACGAGCAGAAGCCCUUGGCCCACUACACCAAGAAGGCGUCGAACCGCCGCUCCAGCAGUCCAUCCCGAUCUUCGAUGACUGCCGAGUCGGUCAUUCCACCAAUGCCGACACAGGGAGGACAGAGCAGCAGUCAACGACAAGCUGCUCGCGAGGAGUACCAGGAGUUCCUGAACUGGCGUCGCAUGAAGGAGGUGAACGAGGACAGUUCGUCGAGCCCGACAUUUCAGCACCAGAACAGGCAUUGA